AUGCGUCCUCUGAACGACAGUGACUUUGAAGAUGCAGGGGACGUGCCGAGAGAUGAGAUUCUGGCCAAGGUGGAGAUCGCGCUGCUCAGUGUCAUCUUCGUCAGCGCCGCCAUCCUCAACACCGUCCUUCUACUCGUCCUCUGGAGACAACGCAAGCAGAUGUCCAGGAUGCGCGUCUUCGUCUUCCACCUGUGCCUGGCGGAUCUGGUGGUCGCCUUCUUCCAGGUGUGUCCGCAGCUCAUAUGGGACAUCACGGACAGAUUCGUCGGCCCAGACUUGGUGUGCCGCCUGGUGAAGUACCUGCAAGUUUUCGGCAUGUUUUCUUCCACCUACAUGAUCGUGGUGAUGACAGUUGACAGAUACCAAGCUGUCUGCAACCCAAUGGUGAAGUUCCAGCGGGCGCGCACGAGACUCAACAUUCCCGUGUGCAUCGCGUGGGGGAUUUCUCUGCUGGGCAGCUUGCCACAGGUUUUUAUUUUCUCACAGGUCGAGGUCGCACCCGGCGUGUUUGACUGCUGGGCUGAAUUUAUCCAGCCGUGGGGCCUGCAGACUUACAUUACCUGGACCACGCUGGUCAUUUUUGUUUUACCUGUUAUUGCAGUUGUAGUUUGUCAAGUGCGCAUCUGCCGGGCCAUCCGGAUCAACCUGUACCAAAAGAUUCAGCAGCAGGGCAGCGUGGGUCUCCCCCUUCCGUCCAGAGGCAGCGGCGUGGCCGGCAUGUCCAAGGCCAGGGUGAAGACGCUGAAGAUGACGGUGGUCAUCGUGCUGGCUUACAUCAUCUGUUGGGCUCCUUUCUUCACUGUCCAGCUGUGGUCCGCCUGGGACACACAUGCGCCAAAAGAAACUGCGACUUUCACCAUCCUGAUGUUGCUGGCCAGUCUGAACAGCUGCGCCAAUCCUUGCAUUUACCUUCUGUUCAGCGGUCAUUUUCCCAAGAGGCUGCUGACGCUCCUGUGCCGGCGGCAGUCCGGCGCUAAGGAUUCAAUGCAAGACGAGGCGACGCUGGUCAGUGCGUUGUACAUGAGUUUCAAACAUGUCUCUGAGUCCAAAUGA